AGGGUUGUUUGAAAAGUGUCAACCUGUUUGCUUAGUUGGAAACUGUAGAUUGCAGACACUCCUUCGUGAAUUCAACGUUGUGAAAGUUAUUAUUCACAUGACCAGCGGGAUAAACUAAACUAUUCGUGAUAUUUUAGUUGUAUUAUUAUCAUGAAAAGACGUAAAAGUGUUUCGUCCAAUCAUGUUAUUUUGCGCACAGUCCACGCGAGGAUUAUCUUUCUUUCGUUUUUCAUUUCCCGGAAGGGUUGGAUUCGAAAAUAGUCGAGCGGUGUUCUCGGAAAACAAAUUAGAAGUGCGUCUGUGCGCCUGUUUAUUUCUUUAUUUGGGGACAGCCGCAAACGGACAUGUCCAUCCGGAAUAUCAUGUCCACGUCCCUGUUGGCGAAGGAAGGGCGUCAAAAAGCAAGUUCCCCCACUUUAAUGAAUGAAACGCAACUCAAUGGGCAUCACAUGCAACCAGACAAGAUUUUAAACGUCACCCCUCCCUCACAGGAUGACCUGUGGCAUCUUCCCGGACAGCUCCGAAUAAAUCCAUCUUUGUGGGAUAGGGACGAUGUCUCCCUCUGGCUUCACUGGGCUCACAAGGAAUACUCACUACGGCGACCUGAGAAGGGACGCUUUGAGAUGAAUGGCCGAGCCCUGUGUCUGCUCACUAAGGAGGACUUCAGACACCGCUGCCCCAGCUCAGGCGAUGUUCUGUAUGAGAUCCUGCAAUGUGUGAUCAAUCAACGGAGGAGUGUUGUAUUUGAACCCCCAAAAAGGUCUCACAACCAAAGUGCAGACAGGCCUCCAAUGUCUGUCCCAGAAACUGAAAAGCCCCUGUCUCCCUUCUCAGACAACAUGCAAGAAAAAAAAGAAAUCCAAGAUGAAACUGAAACACUCAUAGAGGAACCUCUCAAUCUGACUUGCCAAGAGAAGCAUCGAAGGCAGGUGCUCAGACCUGACGGUCGCUUGCCAGCAGAGUGCAGACUACUGUGGGAUUAUGUCUACAAAUUGCUGUGUGAUGACCAAUAUGAAGAAUACAUCCGAUGGGAAGACCGUGGCAGCCUAGUUUUCCGGGUGGUGGAUCCCAACGGCCUUGCUCGUCUGUGGGGACACCACAAGAACCGAAAAAAUAUGACUUAUGAAAAAAUGUCUCGUGCUCUAAGGCACUACUACAAACUCAACAUCAUCAAGAAGGAGCGAGGACAAAAACUCCUCUUCAGGUUCCUGAAAACACCACAAGAUAUCCAGAAAGAGCUGGAUGACCCCCUUGCGUCUCCAGCACACUCACCCCUCCAGGACAGGAACUUUCCAGGCAGCAGCCCUUCAUCUGAAUUGAGUGAGGAACAUUUUGAGGUUUCCCCUGAUCGUACCUCUCCAGAUUGCUCUCCAACUGCCCCUCCGGUGAGAUAAAAGAAGUUCUGUGUCAUGCAGGCCAUUUGAAGUCCAAGUAAACUUCGCAUUACUUUUUUACUUAAUACUUUAUUUCACUUCAAUUCCCUCUGAGAAUCAGUGCUUUUGCUUUAAUUAUGCCAAACACUAUUAAGGAGAAAAAGAAUUAUCCAGCACGUUGUUGAUAUCAUGUGUUAAAAUUCUCCUGCAAGAAACUGUCAUACGUUGUGUUGAGAAUAAUUUGUUUGAGAAGUAUAUGGAAUGUUUUUUGUGCGAUAUAUUUUGUGCAGGACAUUAUAACUUCUGUCCAUCAAUAAUACUAAUUUUGAUCAUGAAGUGUGUUUCUUGUUUUUUUUUAAUAAAUAAUAAUUC